UUAAAACACGAGCGUUUCCUGCACUCUAAUAAUAUUUCACAUCGCAUGUAAGCUAACAUUGGCACGACUCCUCUUGCUUCACAAUGAUUUACUGCCGGUUAGGCAGGGAUGUUGUGAUUUUACAUGGCUUCAAACAUCCACCGACACGACACUUACGGAGUGAAAGAGCAUAGACGGGCAGUCCUUCCCUCAAGAAUGCAAAGACUGUCAUCUGGAUUCAGACCAAGUCAUUUUACAAUUACCACAAUGAUAGACAUUAGGUUACCAACUGGUGGACUCGCCGCCGUAUUAUUUGUCCUAUGGACCGCAAGGGUGAGGUGUUUGUCGAAAGUAAGGAUCAAGAAUGAAGAACAACUGAUGGUUAUUAACAAGGGUCUGAAUACAGUAUUCGAAACCCACAUACAGGCCUCAGGCUCACCAUAUACGAAUCCGACGGUGAUCGCUAGACGCUCAUGCAUAACAUGCGUGCACAGAUACUGGAGCGACCCCCAGAGCAGUCUCGUCUCUCGUCUUGGCGAGCGGCCCGCCGUCUGGUGAUUGACUGAUCGGCAAUGCGACGCAUACAGUAAGGAGGGA